GAAACACGAAAGUAAAAAAGCAGAGGGGUGAAUAAACUAUUGAUUAAACAAACCAAAAAAUUACCAAUAGUAAAGAGUAAAAGGAAAAAGAUAUUAGGUUCUGCAAUAAUUCAGCAACAGGAGCAGUUGGCAGUGGUUAGUGUGUCUUUUAAACUCAUACAUGACGCUUCUUAGCUUGGGCAGGUACACAACUCUAACUCUUGCUGCUCUGUCUUUCUAUCUUGGCACUAGUUCCUGGAGUUGUCUGUAAUAUAUAUAAAGGUUGGAUUUUUAUGUUACUCCCCUAUUGGUGAGAUUGGUCUCUGCUGUGGAAUUUAAUCAUACAUUUGAUGCUCCUGAUGAUACGGUCACACAUACAGUGAUGGGCAUUAGAUUACCGUGCUGAGCAGCCCUUUCAUCGGUCAUUGUAUGAUUUAGAUUUCAAUAACAUACGCAAUAUCGAUAUAUCUUGCUCGUUGGAGCUCAUAUUCAAGUCAAGCAGGUUCAGGUCGAAAAGACUAGAGCUUGAUGGCAUCAGUCACUUGGGUGUUCGAUUAAAUGUAGCAAUGAAACCAUUAGUUAUUUUAGAGACAAAGGAUAAAAGGGAAUCUGCUUUAGUAGUUCUUUGAUGAGAUAGCUGUUGGCAAAUCCCAUGGUUUGUCUAGUCUGCUUUAUGCUCUGAAAGGUUCACUUUCCUGUCUGAGCAUUAUAGCAGAGUUGAUCCUAGGGUUUUUUGAGUGACAAGGGAAGUGGCCGGUGACAAGUAGAUUAUAUUCCUUUUACUUUGGGUCGAUGUUACCAUAAGAUGUUUCUUUUACUUUAACUUCCUCUCAGUCCUAUAAAGCUGCCGAGCCUAUUUGUUCCUUGUUGAGCCCUGCAAGACAUCUCCGUUCAACCAAGCUUAGUCAAAAUUCGCUUUCCCUUUAAUCAUACAAUUAUUUAUUUCUAGUGUAUUGUAGGUUUAUAACCUUACAUGCAGCCCCAGUCUGGUCAAACUGUGGAAUCACAAGUCCUCUAAUUAUAAUAUAUAGGCUAGUUUAUUAGUUCUAGGAGUCUGGGUACCGAAUUCAGGAUAUGGGGGGUCAUGAAAACACCGUGGAGUUUCAACACCGAAACGAGGGCAUUCUGAGUCGUCCGGUAUCGGGUUUGGACACCAAUGUUUCAGAUUUAAGCAAUCCUUUUCUUGGUUCAUCUGCCUGGGAUCCACUUUUUCCAUUGAGUCAGACUCACAGCUUUGGGGGCUCAUCAUUGGUUUCACAUAGUGACUUUGCUAACUCUUCUUACCCGAGUGUCUUGGAAAAUCAGGGAAUGAGUAACUCCUCUCACCCUGUUCACUAUAUGUCUGACUCAAAUUUUGCUGAUAUGAUCCCGAAGAUCCCUCCCUAUGGAAAUGGCGAUAUAGCUAGUGCAGGAUAUGCGUCAAAUUAUAAUCCAAAUAAGGAAGCAGGCAUUGGAAUGGCUCCAAUAAAUGAUGCACAAUUGCUGGGUGAGCAUUCCACUCCUGAAGAGGGAGGCACGUCUUCACCUAGUGGAAAUAGAAGAAAACGAGGGCUUGAUCAUAAUCCUACAUUCAAUCCAAGUAAGAGUGCUGAAGGGGAAGCACUCAAGGGUUCAUCAGGGAAAAGCUUAGAUGGCUUGAAAGAACAAGAUGAUAAGAAGCCAAAAUCUGAUCAAAAUACAAGUCCAGAUUUGCGUGGUAAGCAAUCAGUGAAGCAACCUAAGGACAACUCUCAGAGUGAAGACGCUCCCAAAGACAAUUUCAUCCAUGUGAGAGCUCGGAGAGGUCAAGCUACAAACAGUCAUAGCCUUGCAGAAAGGAUAAGAAGAGAAAAGAUAAGUGAGAGAAUGAAGUUACUCCAAGAACUUGUUCCUGGAUGCAACAAGAUAACUGGCAAAGCAGUAAUGCUUGAUGAGAUUAUUAACUAUGUGCAAUCACUUCAACAACAGGUUGAGUUUUUGUCCAUGAAACUUGCCACCGUGAACCCUGAACUGAAUCUUGAUGCAGAGCGGAUCCUAUCCAAAGAUAUUCUGCAGUCCCGCAUCGGACAUGGAGUUAUUGGCGGAUAUGGAGGCGGUGUCAUCGGCUCAAAUCACCUAUUUCUCGGUGGAGGUUUUCAGGGGACCCUGGGAAGCAUACCCAGCACAUCACAAAAUAUCCCUCCUUUGCCUCAGAGUGUUAUGGAUCCUGAACUCCAGAGCAUAUAUGGAAUGGGAUACGAUUCUAACUCAGCUCCUCAAAAUUUGGGACCACAAACAGGGCGGUAGGAAACAAUUAUAAAUAGUGCAGAGGAUAUGCGGCCUUGCUCGUUUGGACAGAGUCUUGGGAAUUUUGCAGUUGAGUGCAUCAUUUUACAAGAAUUGAAUAGGGAGGGAAAGCGUAAAAUAAUGAUUCGGUUGUAUAGCAUCUUAAUUCCUAACCCCUGCCUCUUCGAAAUUUUUAGCAGAAGAUGACUUGUUAGAUCGAAGGAACCAGGUCAUGCUGUGACCGGUGAAAUCGAUCACAGAAUGUGUGAACUUAUCUGUAAGGGUUUUUAUAAAUAGCUUUGAAAGCAAGAAAUUGUAAGGAAUGCAAAUGUGCGGGAGCAUAUAUAAUAUAUAUAGAGGUAAUGAAAAGAGAUUGUUUGA